AUGUCGAACAUUGACGCAGAGGACGCGCAGUUCCAAAAGGAAGUCCAGGAGGUCAAGCAAUGGUGGUCAGAUUCGAGAUGGAGGUUCACUAGAAGACCAUUUACAGCAGAAGACAUCGUGUCAAAGAGAGGCAAUCUUAAGAUCACCUACCCAAGCAAUCACCAAUCAAAGAAGCUUUGGGAAAUUGUUGAAGGCCGCUUCAAGAACAACGAUGUCAGCUUUACAUACGGAUGUCUCGAUCCCGUCAUGGUCACACAGAUGGCGAAAUACUUGGACACUGUCUACGUAUCCGGAUGGCAAGCAUCGUCAACAGCUUCAUCAACCGACGAACCAGGUCCUGAUCUAGCAGAUUACCCCUACACAACUGUACCUAACAAAGUUGGUCAUCUCUUUAUGGCGCAAUUGUUCCACGACCGAAAGCAACGCGAAGAGCGCCUGACUACCGCAAAAGCCGACCGCGCGAAAGUCGCAAGCGUCGAUUAUCUGCGACCGAUUAUUGCGGAUGCAGAUACCGGACACGGAGGUCUUACGGCUAUCAUGAAGCUCACCAAGCUCUUCAUAGAGAAGGGCGCGGCUGGUAUACAUAUCGAGGAUCAAGCACCAGGAACGAAGAAGUGCGGACACAUGGCUGGAAAGGUCUUGGUACCUAUCAGCGAGCACAUCAACCGUCUAGUCGCUAUAAGGGCACAGGCAGACAUCAUGGGAACCGACCUACUUGCCGUUGCCAGAACCGACUCAGAGGCCGCUACCCUGAUCACAUCGACCAUCGACCCUCGCGACCACCAUUACAUCCUAGGCUGCACAAACCCCGCUCUUCAACCGUUGGGCGAGCUCAUGUAUGCCGCAGAGCAAGCUGGUAAGAACGGCGCGGAGCUCCAGGCCAUCGAAGAUGCAUGGACCAAGGAGGCCAACCUGAAGCUUUACCAUGAGGCAGUGAUCGACACGAUAAAUGCUGGUGUACACGUGGACAAGCAGAACAUGAUCAACGAGUUCUUGGAGAAGAGCAAAGGCAAGAGCAAUUCAGAGGCACGCGCCAUCGCCGCAGGUCUGACUGGCGUUGAUGUUUACUUCAACUGGGACGCCGCAAGGACCAGAGAGGGUUACUACAGAUAUCAAGGUGGCUGUGAAUGUGCCAUUAACCGCGCCAUUGCAUAUGCACCUUACUGCGACAUGAUUUGGAUGGAGUCGAAGCUGCCUGAUUUUGCGCAAGCGAAACAGUUUGCCGACGGUGUCCAUGCUGUAUGGCCUGAGCAGAAACUGGCGUAUAACCUCUCGCCCUCUUUCAACUGGAAAGCCGCCAUGCCACGUGAGGAGCAAGAAACCUACAUCCAACGCCUGGCCAAACUGGGUUACUGCUGGCAGUUCAUCACGCUCGCUGGUCUGCACCAAAGCGCUCUUAUGGCCGACACAUUCUCCAAGGCAUAUGCUAAGCAGGGAAUGCGGGCGUACGGCGAAAUCAUUCAGGAACCCGAAGCGGAGAACAAGGUCGAUGUGCUUACGCAUCAGAAGUGGAGUGGAGCAAACUACGUCGACAAUCUUCUGAAGAUGGUGUCCGGCGGUGUAAGUUCGACGGCGGCUAUGGGCAAGGGUGUCACGGAGGAUCAAUUCAAGUAA